AUGGCCACUACAUCUCAGCCUCCCCUUCGGUUCACCGGCCACAAGAAUUUUGUGAACCGACUGGUCUUUUCAACCUUAACCGGCCGUGCAGUCCAUAUCUCCCAGAUCCGUCCUUCGUCUCCCACGAAUCCCGGUCUUGCUCCCCACGAAAUCUCGUUUCUGCGUCUCUUAGAGGCGGUCACAAAUGGUUCCCAGAUGGAAAUUUCAUACACGGGAACUAUCGUUAUCUACAAGCCUGGUCUGAUCACUGGAGGCGUUGUGGGUAACGGGGUCACCACCGGAGGUGUUAUCCGGCAUGAACUCCCAGCAGGAUGCACUCGAGGCGUACUCUUCACUGGACCUGGCGUUAUUACUUCCGCCACACCCAAUGGGGACAUGUCCGUGGACAGCGUCCGCACUGCAAUCCUUCCGCUUUAUAACCAGUUCGGCAUCUUCAACAACAUUGAGCUUCGCGUUCUGCGCAGGUCUAAUCCUGGACCGAAUGGCAGGGGAGGCGGUGGAGAAGUUCAGUUGGUUUUCGGCCACCAAGUACGCCUUCCGAAAACACUGCACCUGAUGAACCCAGGCAGAGUCAAGAAGGUUCGUGGCGUCGCGUAUUCGGUGGGUGUUUCAGCCUCCAACAAUGCGAGAAUGAUCGAUGUGGCGCGUGGCAUCCUCAAUCCUCUCGUUCCCGACACCUACAUUUUCUCCGACGUGUCGUCUGCGCCGCUGGUCCCUGACAGAAACAACCCAUCCGCAAAGAAGAAGCUCGGUCUUGGCUUUGGUUUAUCCCUGGUUGCGGAGUCUUCGACUGGCUGCUUGUACUCCGCUGACGUCGCCUCUCCACCUGCGGGUGGCCAGGCACCGGAGGAUAUUGGAAAACAAUGUGCCUACCAGCUUCUGGAAACUAUCUCGAAAGGCGGAUGCGUUGCCCCGGCUGCAGCUUCAACCAUGCUGGGCCUGAUGACUAUGGGAUCAGAGGACGUUGGUCGACUUCAGUUUGGACGGGAAGUGAUUGCCGAUGAGAGUAUCAUUCAGCUGGCUAGAGAUUUGGCCAAGUUCGGUGCCCCUGGUUGGGGUCUAAGAGAUGCUACCGGCGAGAAUGAGCAAGGGGAUGUAAUCGUGAGCGUGGUUGGUCGAGGUAUUGGCAACGUUGGUCGGAAGGUUGCUUGA